AUGAUUAUCUACAAGGACCUCAUCACCGGCGACGAGAUCGUCUCCGACUCUUACGACCUCAAGGAGGUUGACGGCGCUGUCUACGAGGCCGACUGCAAGAAGAUCACGAUCGGUGGCGAGGACUUCGACGUCGGCGGUAACCCCUCUGCUGAGGAGGGCGGCGAGGAUGUCGACGACACAAAGGAGACCGUUAUCGACAUCGUCCACUCCUUCCGCCUCAACUCCACCUCCUUCGACAAGAAGAGCUAUCUCACCCAUCUCAAGGGCUACAUGAAGCAGGUCAAGGAGGGCCUCAAGAAGAACGGUGCCAGCGACGAGACCAUCACCGAGUUCGAGAAGAACGCACAGGGAUACGCCAAGAAGAUCGUUAGCAACUUCAAGGACUACGAGUUCUUCACGGGCGAGUCCAUGGACCCAGAUGGAAUGAUCGUCCUCCUCAACUACCGCGAGGAUGGCAUCACUCCAUUCGUGACUGUCUGGAAGCACGGUCUCACCGAGAUGAAGGUCUAG